AUGACGUUGAUUAAUAGGUCGCCGUUCGUCUCUCUCUUGUUCAAAGCCUUCACCUUCAUCCCUCGCCGUCGUCCGGCCGAUGCUGCCGUUUUUCUCUCAACCCAUUCUUUUUCCGCCGCCUCCGGGGCUCCACAGAGCAGCUUCAUGGCUGAAUACCUGGUCAGCUCCUGUGGCUUCGAUCCGGAUGAGGCGGCCAAGGCCUCGAAGCUCCUUGGCCGCAUCGAAUCGCGCCAUCAGCCUGACUCCGUCCUUGGCUUCUUCAAAAGCCACGGUUUUGAUAAUGCUCAGAUGAAAAGGGUCCUAUCUGUCAACCCCCGGUGGCUUCUCCUCGACGUGGAGAAGACUCUGGCCCCAAAGUUCCGAGCUUUGCUGGAUCUGGGCUUCUCCUGCUCCGACAUUACCCACCUCGUCAGCUCGAAUAACGGCGUCAUCAGCCACAAAUCCCAGACCAUCUUGUCCAAGAUCCAAUUAUGGCAAGGCCUCCUCGGGUCCAAAGACUUACUGAUGAAGAUAUGCAAGAGAAACAGGUGGUUUCUCGGGUGUAGCAUCGAGAAGACGAUCCAGCCUAACAUUGAAAUUCUAAGGGAUUGCGGGAUCACGGAUCAGAAGCUCUCAAUGAUCCUACGGCACCGCCCCCUCCUCAUAACCCGGAAUGCUGAAACCCUGAAGGCGUUAAUCAGUCGUGUCGAGGGUUUGGGAGUAGCUCGCACCUCAGGGAUGUUCCUCCAGACCCUGAGUGUGCUCCACUGUAUCUCCGAGAAGAACUUCAAGGCUCACUUGGAGUUCUUCAAGGGUUUCGGGUGGUCCGAGGAUGAUUUCGUUGCUGCAUUCAGAAAGGCUCCUGCUAUUGUGGCAUAUUCUUUAAAGAGUUUGCAGAGAAAGAUGGAGUUCUUGGUAAAUGAAACCAGAUGCGCUCCGUCUUAUCUUGCACCCCGGCCACGGAUUUUUUCGAUGAGUUUGGAGAAAAGGUUGAUUCCAAGGUAUCGGAUAUUGACGGGCCUGAAGUCAAGGGGAGUUCACAUCGGUAACCUCCAAAUGAUCACAUACAUGUUAUAUACAGAGAAGAAAUUUCUGGAGGAGUUUGUCAUCCGCCACACAGAGUUUCCAGAACUCAUUGAAUUGUAUAAUGUAGUCCCAAAAAACAGAACUGCUCUUUGA